UAUUACUUCAGGAAAAAUUUUAUUGACUUGUGACAAAAUAUCGUUUUAAGAUGCCAUUUACGUACAAGGAUCUGAUAGAUGUGGCCAUCGGGACGCCGGAAUCGGGCCAUGUCAACUUCUAUGCCUUGCACGUGCUCCUGUCGAAUUUUGCCCAGAAACUGGAUUGUCUGGAUGAGAUUGUUGAGCAGGACGAAUACUUGGCCUCCAACAUACGCAUGCAGAGCAGCUUGAUGACUAUGGGCAAGCCGGCCUCUAGGUAUCGGCUGGUGGGUGGUGCCGAUACAGAGGAGGCCCCCGCGGAGGCCCCAGCCGAAGAUGCUCCACCACCGCCAGCUGAGGAGGAACCGUCCGCUCCAGCUCCAGCAGAAGAAGCAGCAGCCCCCGAGCCAGAGCCAGAACCAGAACCGGAGCCGGAACCAGAACCAGCAGCUCCCGAGAUAGAAGCCGAGCCAGAGCCAGAGCCAGAGCCUGCUGCACCGGAAGAAGCUCUAGUGACCGCACCCGAACCCGAACCCGAGCCUGAAGCCGAGCCAGAACCACAGCCCGAGGCGGAACCAGAACCAGAGCCAGCCUUAAAGGCAGACGAGCCUGAGGCGAAGAAUGCAGAGCAAGAGGAACCCGCCCUUAUCUCAACCGUAUCGUCGCGCACCUCCCAACGGGGUCGCGGCUCGCAGCGCCUCGAAGGAUCCCUGUUGGGCAACAUGACCCGCCUGGAGAAGCGAAUGUCCAAGGUGGAGAUGCAAAAGGAGCAGGCCGUGAUGGAGAUGGAGACAUUCGUGAAAGCAAUGACGGGGCAGAUGAAGCUGACCAUGGAGCAGCUGAACAACGUGACCCAUCUGCUGAUCGACCGCAAGCCGAAUCCGGACCGGUUCAAGCUGCUCCGUCACAUUGCCCGACAGCUGCGGGUCCUGAUGCGCGCCGCCGACGACGAGGUGUCCAUCAGCUGGUCGAGCGGCGAGGCUGUGAUCGAAGAGAUGGAGGCCAUGGAGGAGGAGAUGGAGGAUGAAGAGGAGGGAUCCUCCUCUGCGCCCACGGAGGUGGAGAAGCCCGAGGAGGAAGAGACCCUGGAUCUAGAGCAGCACCUCUGCUACUCCCCCGAUCGCAUGCUCAGCGAGCUGUUGGAGCUCAAGUCGCAGUUCUGCGCCCUCACCAACAAGACUAACGAGCUGGCCGCCGCUCUGCUUAAGCAGGAUGCCCAGCAACUGAUGAGCUCCAUGCAGGAGCUGCAGGAAACAGUGCGGGAGAUCAAGCUGUACAUGGCCACCAACCGGGAGGCCACCCAGAACAUGCAAAUCCAGAUCAACGCAAACAUGACCCAGAUCGCGCUGCUUAAGAAGUCCGUCACGCACUUGGACGAAGUGAAGAUCGACAAGACUGAGGUGGAGCUCCUUCUAGCCGAGAAGGUGGACUUCGAUCAGUUGGCCACGAAGGUGUCGCUGGAACAGUUGGAGGAGUACAAGGCGCGGCUGGAGAAGCAGUUCUGCGAGGUGCGCCACAUCAUCAGCCUGAACGAGAAGAACGUCCUGCAGAUCAUCGACAAUCUGCGCAUGACCCUGGGCAUCGAUGCCCUCGAGCUGGGCCUCAAGGACUUCCGCGAGCUGAUCGAGAAGCGGGUGGCCAUGAUCGCCGAGGCCCUGCAGAAGUACAUGGAGAUGACCAACGACGACUGCGCCGCCGCUGCCGGGCGGGUGAAGGUCCUGCAGAACCUGUCGUGCAUCUCCUGCGACACCCCCUGUGUGAUGCGCUCCGUUGAGCGCUCCAAGAUUCCCUCCUUGCCGGCGGCAAAGGGCUCCACUGGCCUGGGACCGCUGGUCACGUACGAGCUGGGCCAGAUCCGCAAAUCAGGCAUCAUGGGCUAUUACCGCAAGGACGAGUUCCCCCACUGUGCCAGUGCCUGGAACAAGGGCACUGCCGGAGCCCCCAUGGUCAAGUGUGUGCCGCGUCAUGCCGGCGGCACCCACACCACCCACACCGCCGACGAGCACAUGCAGAAGGUGGUGCUGUCCAAGAAGACCUCCGGCUGGGGAUAAGUCCACGAACAUCAGUUGCACUUUUACAUGUAUUUUCUUUUUUCUAUCGACACGAAUCGUUUUUUCACAGAUUCAAACUAAAUUUAUAAUAUGCCAGUGUUAAA